AAUCUGGCCGUCCGCGUAAGCUCACGCCAACCAAUCAAGAGCAUCAAUAAAAAGAAACCUUGUUAAAAAUGACCCGCUCGUUCCAAUUCGGAUCCCGCCAUCCAUCUUUUGAUCCAUAUAACCAAAUGACCUACAACUGUUUCUCAAAGCUCUUCAACACUCUCAAGAAAGCCCGCAGCCUAAUCGGCGUCGCCACCCUAACCACCACCACUACCGCCGCCGCCGUUACCCCUAAGUUCUCCGUCAUGGAAAACGACAUCCAAACUCUGAAAACUCGCCUCUGCAUAGUCGGCAGUGGCCCCGCCGCCCACACUGCUGCAAUUUAUGCGGCCCGUGCCGAGCUCAAGCCGAUUCUAUUCGAAGGUUGGAUGGCUAACGACAUCGCUCCCGGAGGACAGCUGACCACCACCUCGGAAGUGGAAAAUUUCCCCGGUUUCCCCGAAGGAAUUGGGGGAAUCGACCUCAUGGAGAAAUGCCGCGCUCAGUCCGUUCGAUUUGGCACCCAAAUAUUCACAGAGACUGUCUCUAAAGUUGAUCUUUCAGCUUCGCCUUUCAAGAUUUUUAGUGAUUCCAAGACUGUUCUUGCUGAUUCUGUAAUCAUCGCCACCGGCGCCGUUGCGAAACGCCUGAACUUUCCGGGUUCUGAUACCUUUUGGAACCGCGGCAUAUCUGCUUGUGCUGUUUGUGACGGCGCUGCCCCCAUCUUUCGUAACAAACCUCUUGCUGUCAUCGGUGGUGGCGACUCUGCUAUGGAAGAAGCCAACUUUUUGACUAAGUAUGGUUCUAAGGUUUACAUCAUUCACCGAAGGGAUGAAUUUCGGGCUUCAAAGAUCAUGCAAAGCAGAGCACUGUCAAACCCGAAGAUUGAGGUCUUGUGGAACUCUGUGGUGACAGAAGCGUAUGGCGAGCGCACGUUGGACGGCUUGAAGGUGAAGAAUGUGCAGAGUGGGGAAGUUUCGGAUUUGAAGGUUUCUGGUUUAUUUUUUGCAAUUGGGCAUGAGCCUGCAACCAAGUUUCUCGAGGGACAGUUGGAAUUGGAUUCUGAUGGUUAUGUGAUCACAAAACCAGGCACAACGCUGACCAGUGUUAAGGGUGUUUUUGCUGCUGGUGAUGUUCAGGAUAAGAAAUACAGACAGGCUAUUACUGCGGCUGGCACUGGAUGUAUGGCAGCCUUGGAUGCAGAACAUUACCUUCAAGAGAUUGGUUCUCAAGAGGGUAAGAGUGAUUGAAUAUUGAAGCCUAUUGGAAGUAGAUCUGAUGAAUGUUUCUGAGCUCUCAAAUUGGGGAAAAAAAGACAAAAGUGUCAUUUUUAUUGACCUUAUUUAACUAUUUUUUAGUGCUGAUUUGAAGAAGGAAACUUAUUUAUGUUAGAUCAAAGUUAUUCAUUAUGUUGAUAAUUGGUUGGUUGUUGAGGGUUGAAAAUUA